UUGAGCCCUACUUAUCACAAUGCAUUGCCUGAAAAGUCUGAGGACAGCUAACCCUGGAAUCUUGCAGCUAUUUAAAAAUGCAGGGAUCUCCGCCAGAGUUGGAGCUGACAACACUGUUUUGUCCAGGACACAGCAACCUGUUCCUCUCCCCUGCUGGGCCGCAGCAUCACCCCACACCCACAGAGCUUUUCAUCACCAGAAGGGCCCUGAUGUGGACCAAGGACACUCAAAAAGUAGGCUGAUGUCCAGUAUGGAGGACCUACUUUUCUACACCAUCACUGAAGGCAAAGAGAUGAUUCCCCUCUCCCAGUUCAUCUCUGCUUUGAGAAAAACAGGCUUGUUGACGUCUGACCCUCGGCUUCGUGACUGUGUCCGUCAGAUGCGACAAUCCACACGUGACUCUGUCGGGCCAGUCAUGAUGGACAAGACUCUAUUCAGAAAGUGUGUGGGCAACAACAUCAUGCUGUUGACUAAGGCUUUUAAAAAGAAGUUCAUCAUCCCGAACUUUGCUGAGUUUACCCAGCAGAUCGAUAAGAUGUAUGACAAUGCACAACAACAGGAGGCAGGACAAGUAGCUGAUUACAUUCCCCAGCUGGCUAAGUUCAGCCCUGAUCUCUGGGGUGUAUCUCUGUGCACAAUCGACGGGCAGAGACACUCUGUGGGUGACACAAAAGUUCCCUUCUGUCUGCAGUCGUGUGUGAAGCCUCUGGAGUACGCCAUCGCUGUGCACGACCUCGGCAGUGAGCACACUCACCACUUUGUGGGCAAAGAGCCCAGUGGAUUCAAGUUCAACAAACUGUCACUAAACGAGGAAGAUAAACCACACAACCCGAUGGUAAAUGCUGGAGCCAUUGUCAUCAGUUCUUUAAUUAAGCCUCAUUCAAAUAAGGCAGAGAGAUUCGACUAUGUGAUGGAGUUCUUGAAAAGCAUGUCUGGUGCAGAGUAUGUGAGCUUUAGCAAUGCAACUUUCCAGUCAGAGAGAGAAACUGGUGAUAGGAAUUAUGCAAUUGGUUAUUACCUCAAAGAGAAAAAAUGCUUUCCUGACAACGCAGAUAUGACAGCAGCACUUGACUUCUACUUUCAGUUGUGCUCCAUUGAGGUGACCUGUGAGUCAGGAAGUGUCAUGGCUGCCACACUGGCCAACGGGGGUAUUUGUCCAAUCACAGGCGAGCGUGUGCUGAGCGCUGAAGCCGUUCGCAACACCCUCAGUCUCAUGCACUCCUGUGGCAUGUACGACUUCUCCGGACAGUUUGCCUUCCACGUGGGCUUGCCUGCUAAGUCUGGCGUUUCAGGUGCUGUUCUGCUGGUGGUCCCCAACGUCAUGGGUAUGAUGUGUUGGUCCCCGCCUUUAGAUCGGCUUGGAAACAGUGUUCGUGGCAUUCACUUCUGUCAGGAGCUGGUGUCUCACUUCAACUUCCACAAUUACGACAACCUGAGACACUUCACCAAGAAACACGACCCCAGAAGAAGAUCAGAUGAUGAUCAAAACAAGUUAGUGGUAAACCUGAUGUUUGCAGCCUACAGUGGUGACGUCACUGCUCUGAGGAGGUUUGCCCUUUCAGCUGUGAACAUGGAGCAGACAGACUACGAUUCUCGCACAGCGCUCCACAUUGCUGCUGCAGAAGGUCACGUGGAAGCUGUUAUCUUCCUAACUGAAAUAUGUAAAGUGAAUCCCCACAUGAAAGACAGAUGGGGGAACACAGCUCUAGAUGAUGCCAUGCAGUUCGGCCAUGAUGUUACUGUUUCAGUCCUGCAAGAGUACCAAACAGCGUACACUGACAGUGAUUCACCAUGCGACACUGAGGAGCAGAAGACCACACUGGAUACGGUGAAGAGUAUCGUUUAAACCACAAGGGAUCAUAAGGGUUUGUAAUGGAAAUGAGUCUGUUUUACUACACACCUGAGAGGACUGAAAGGACACAGGAUGACUGAGAGACAUGAAUGAAUGAGUUUGUCUUAAAUAUGGUAACAGAUGUUGUGUAAUAAUAAUGUGGGGCUCAUCCUUUAGGCUGCUGAAAAGCAAUACUACUGUGCAGUAUUAAAUCCCUUUUUAAUGCAUUUCUGCAGACUGCAGGAAUUGUUCAAUAAUGUAAAUUAUCAACAAAGCACUAUGUAAACAGGCUAUGUGUUGCUUGUGUGGAGAAAAAUUACGUUAAUUUAAGCCAUGAUUCGGCUUGUGUUGCAAUAUUAAUGAACUUGGCUUCUGAUAGAAAACGUCAGAGAUGUAAAUAUCUAAAAUGUUGUGCUUAUUUAUUUUUAAAACACUGAAAUAUAUUUUGCUUCAUCGGUGCAUCAUUUAAUCAGAGGAUUUUAUGCCCCCUGUUUUAAUAGCUGAAUAAAUAUUCUCAAAGCUGCUUCAUUAAUUAUUCUCCCUCAGCAGGAGGUGAUUCAGUCGCAUUUGUGCCUGCAACACUGGAAGGAUUUGUAGUUUAUGCCAGUUCACUGAGACUCAGGCUAGUUUAUAUUCUGCUUCUACCUCGUGCUUAUGUGGGUUAUUUCUGGAAUUAAUCCUGGUUUCAUUCAAGUGAGCUUGUUUUUUUGGCUACUUGUCUAUCAGAGACACAUCUGCAUGUCUGAGACGCUGGGAAGUGCACAUCUGGGUUACUCUAACACAAAAUAUAUCAUUAAAAUUCUGCAAAUGACUGUUAGACAGUCAAACUAGAUAGACACUUGUUUGAACUGAUACUUUUUGACAAAAGGAAAAUUAAAACUUUUGAUUGUUAGUAUGCAGUGUACUGAGAAAGUCAACCAUUUUAAAAUGGUUUAACUGUUCUAAAUACAUCAUGUGAUAUUAUACACUUUAAUCGUCUCA